CAGUUUGGACAAAAGUUAGACAUAAUCCGACGGCUAAGAGUUGUCCAACACUGUCGGAAAAUGCACGGCCAGGAUCCGCCCAACAUAUAGUACGAAACAUAAAGGCAAUUUACACGAAGCUGCUGGCAUAAAAAAGUGAAGUGAAAGAAGAGGCCUGACUUCUGAGCAACGGACGUAGCGCCAUGAGCUUAUUCUUGAAAAUUCGAAAACCAUCUCUUUCUUCCCUCUCAGUUUUCUCUUUUCAGAGCUUCUUCACAACACUCCCACAUUUUUCUACGGAGAAGAAGGAGGCUAGUAGCUUCAUUCACCCUACAGCCGUUGUUCAUCCAAAUGCCAUAAUUGGUCAGGGAGUUUCAAUUGGUCCAUUUUGUACCAUUGGGUCUUCUGCAAGGCUUGGGAAUAGUUGUCAAUUGUAUCCUGCAAGCCAUAUUUUUGGAAAUACAGAAUUAGGCGAGCACUGCAUUUUGAUGACUGGUUCUGUAGUUGGUGACAAUCUUCCUGGGCGAACUGUCUUAGGGUGCAAUAACAUUAUUGGGCACCAUGCUGUGGUUGGUGUCAAAUGCCAGGACAUGAAAUACAAGCCAGGGGAUGAAUGUUUCCUUGAUGUUGGAAACAACAAUGAGAUCAGAGAGCAUGCUUCAAUUCACCGAUCUUCAAAAUCAAGUGAUAGAACGGUCAUUGGUGAUAACAAUCUUAUCAUGGGUUCUUGUCAUAUUGCCCAUGACUGUAAGAUAGGCAACAGUAACAUAUUUGCGAACAAUACUCUUCUAGCUGGUCAUGUUGUUGUGGAAGACUAUACUCACACCGCAGGAGCAAUUGUGGUUCAUCAGUUUUGCCGUGUUGGCUCAUUUUCUUUCAUUGGUGGGGGUUCUGUGGUUACACAAGAUGUUCCCAAGUAUACGAUGGUAGCUGGAGAAAGGGCUGAACUUCGUGGUUUAAAUUUGGAAGGUCUUCGUCGUCGUGGAUUCACAGUCUUAGAGAUUAAGAGUUUGAGAAUGGCAUAUCGAAAGAUUUUUAUGCCUGUUGAUGCGAAUAAUGUGGGUUUCGAAGAACGUCUUACUAAAGUGGAACAGGAUGAACAAUUGAGUAAUGUUCCUGCCGUAUGUUCAAUGGUGCAGUCUAUUCGUGAUUCUUUAACAGAAAAUCGUCGUGGGAUAUGCAAGUUUAGGCAAUGGACUGGUUUAUGAAGUCAUGUACUAGUAACUUCUGCAUCUUCACCUUUGAUUUUUUUUUUUCCUUUUCUCGUCCUAUAAAUUGUUUAACUGGAAUUUGAACUUGAGUGUUUCUAAGGUAGUACAAGUUACCAAAGCAGUAAGUUUCGUUCAAACUUGAGUGAGUGCUUUGGGUCUAUAUUUUUGCAGUUUUUGCUUGGCAAUUAUAGAUGAACAAGCUGGUGUAGACAAGUGUAUAGAUUUGAGAGGCAUUGAGCAACUUUUGGUUUAGUUCCUCGUAGAGGUUCAACUUGUAUCAGUUACCCAGGGAUAAAAAAACACUUGCUAUGUUUGUGAAAUCUUAAUUAUGAAGAUGUUGAAAGCAAAUUAUGCUUUUAUAAGUUUAUGGAACAAAACUGAUAUUAAUAUAUAUGGUCAUUCUUCAAUGGCACUGUCUUUGUUUGACCAAUCAUCUUCUCGUCUAUUACUAUAUAUGGAGUAUGCUUUCUCUGCUUUCUGUUGUUAAUUAACAGUAGAUGGUCCAAUUUUCUGAACUCCUUUGAAAUCAGUUCAUAAAACAUUUUCUCGCUAGCAGCAACUUGAAAGUCACUUCCUACUAGUUGAUGCUUUGAAAAGUCAAUCUUAUCUGUGUGAUUUGUUAU